UGAACGCGGACGCGAAACGGCUUGCUUUUUUCGCCAAGACUGAUUUGGGAUUGUGGAUAUAAGCCAAAGGUGAAAUUACGGAACUACUCUCCAUGUUGUCUCGGGUUCCAUUUCAUUCCCGCCGCUUGACUCACUGCUUCUCUCCGCCCCGCUGCGACGCUGCUGUGGGAUCGCCUCGCCAAAGCGACGUCGCAAUCGUCGGCCGUCGAUAACGCCUCCGGCGCCACUCUUCCAGGUCAGCUUCAUCGGUGUCUUCGCAGAAUCAGUGUCAGAAGAAGAAUAAAGGGACAGGAUGUAAAGACAGACAAGUGGGACACAAGAUCCAACCUCUCUUCUCUCUCCUAAUCCAAGGAAAAAGACAAAGAAGAAGAAGAAGAAGAAGAAGAAGAAGAGUGGCUUUGGCCUUGGUUUCUCAGUCUUUUGGGCUCUAUUCAUAUAUAGUUUCUGUUAAUCGAUUGGUUGUUUCAACCAAUUAAUCGAUUCCUCUCUAUCCUCCAACUAUAUAUAAUAAAUUGGAUCAUUUGAGAAAUCCAUAUAUUCAUUACAAUGUCGAUGGCAAAUUCUUUAAAGAAGUUAGUGUCAUGUAUCAUACUUGAUUUGGAUGGUACACUUCUUAACACAGAUGGCAUAGUGAGUGAAGUUUUAAAAGUUUACUUGGUUAAGCAUGGAAAGCAAUGGGAUGGGAGGGAAGCUCAUAAAAUAGUGGGAAAGACACCUUUGGAAGCUGCAGCUGUUAUUGUGGAAGAUUAUGGGCUUCCCUUAUCAAUCGAUGAAUUUGUCUCAGAAAUUACCCCAAUGUUCUCUGCUCAAUGGUGCAGUAUCAAAGCUCUUCCAGGUGCAAACCGGUUAAUCAACCAUUUGAGGGGUCAUGAUGUGCGAAUGGCAUUGGCUUCAAAUUCUCCCAGGGAAGACAUUGAAACCAAAAUCUCUUAUCAUCCAGGCUGGAAAGAAUCCUUCUCUGUCAUUAUUGGUGGUGAUGAAGUGACGGCAGGAAAACCAUCUCCAGAAAUAUUCCUUGAAGCAGCUAAGAAGCUAAAUAUUGAUCCUUCGAAGUGCCUAGUCGUUGAAGAUUCAAUACCAGGUGUGAUGGCUGGUAAGGCUGCCGGAAUGGAAGUUGUUGCUGUUCCAUCUUUACCAAAACUAUCCCAUCUUUAUACUUCGGCAGAUGAGGUGAUAAACUCUCUUCUUGAUUUGCGACCAGAAAGAUGGGGCCUAUCACCAUUUGAAGAUUGGAUACAGGGUACUUUACCAAUAAAACCUUGGUAUUUUGGUGGUCCGGUUGUUAAAGGUUUUGGUCGUGGUUCAAAGGUGCUUGGAAUCCCUACAGCUAAUCUAUCAACCAAAGGCUACUCAACUGUCCUUUCAGAACAUCCCUCGGGGGUUUACUUUGGUUGGGCUGGAUUAUCAACACGAGGCGUUUACAAGAUGGUCAUGAGUAUUGGUUGGAAUCCCUACUUCAACAAUGCUGAGAAGACCAUGGAACCAUGGUUGCUUUAUGACUUUGACGAGGAUUUCUAUGGCGAGGAAUUGCGUCUUGCCAUUGUUGGAUACAUACGGCCCGAGUAUGUAUUGGAACAUGAUAGGCCAAUUUCUCAUCUCUCGAGGGCUUGAUAGAGAGGAUUCAUGAAGAUAGGCGAAUUGCAGAGACGGCCCUUGAACUUCCCCUGUACUCAAAGUACCAGGACGGCCCAUAUUUGAAAGGAUCGUUGCACGAGGAUGGCAGUCAUCCUCAGCUUCUGCAAAACUGAUUUGUGGAUCUCAUUGUCAUUACAUUGGUUAUAUUCUUUUAGUUUUAAUAUAUACGACUCCAUGAACUUCAAUGGAUGUGAUAAAACUAUGUUGAAGGUCAAUUAUUGGAUCAAUUGUGUAUUUUGACUGAUUGUUGUGAUUAAAUGAAGUAAAAUAACAUAUUCGACAAGUGCAAAAUAAUA